CGGGGCGCUGCAGCGGUAGGUGUCGCGUACGGGAUUCCCGAGCUGACGUGGCUUAAAUUUGGGAGGGGGGCAGCUGGAGCCUCCGGCGACAGCCUCUUCCAGUUUCAUGCCAUUGUGUUAAGAAAUGAUACUCAGGACCUGGGGGAAGAUGGCGGAAGAGUAAGACGUGGAGAUCACCUUCCUCCCCACAGAUACACCAGAAAUUCAUCUACACGUGGAACAACUCCUACAGAACACCUACUGAACGCUGGCAGAAGACCUCAGACUUCCCAAAAGGCAAGAAACUCCCCACGUACCUGGGUAGGGCAAAAGCAAAAAGAACAAACAGAGACGAAAGGAUAGUGACGGGACCUGCACCAGUGGGAGGGAGCUGUGAAGGAGGAAAGCUUUCCACACACUAGAAGCCCGUUUAUGGGCGGAGACUGUGGGUGGCGGAGGGGGAAAGCUUCGGAGCCACGGAGGAGAGCACAGCCACAGGGGUGCGGAGGGCAAAGCGGAGAGAUUCCCGCACAGAGGAUCAGUGCCGACCGGCACUCACCAGCCCGAGAGGCUUGCCUGUUCGCCCACCGGGGCGGCGGGGCUGGGAGCUGAGGCUCGGGUUCGGUCGGAGUGCAGGGAGAGGACUGGGGUUGGCGGCGUGAACACAGCCUGAAGGGGUUAGUGCACCACGGCUAACUGAGAGGGAGUCCGGGAAAAAGUCUGGAGCUGCCGAAGAGGCAAGAGACUUCUUCUUCCCUAUUUGUUUCCUGGUGUGCGAGGAGAGGGAAUUAAGAGCGUUGCUUAAAGGAGCUCCAGAGAUGGGCGCGAGCUGUGGCUAACAGUGCGGACCCAAGAGACGGGCGUGGGACGCUGGGGCUGCUUCUGCCGCCGCCAAGAAGCCUGUGUGCGAGCACAGGUCACUGUCCAUGCCGCCCCUCCGGGGAGCCUGUGCAACCUGCCACUGCCAAGGUCCCAGGAUCCAGAGAAGGCUUCCCUGGGAGAGCGCACAGCGCGCCUCGGGCUGGUGCAACGUCACGCUGGCCUCUGCCGCCGCAGGCUUGCCCCGCACUCCGUAUCCCUCCCUGCCCCCGGCCUGAGUGAGCCAGAGUCCCUGAAUCAGCUGCUCCUUUAAACUCAUCCUGUCUGAGUGAAAAACAGACGCCCUCUGGCGACCUACAUGCAGAGGUGGGGCCAAAUCCAAGAAUCAUCCCAAAUUGAGGAGAAAUGCUGAGCCGAUUGUCAGGAUUAGCAAAUGUUGUUUUGCAUGAAUUAUCAGGAGAUGAAACUGAUGAGAAUAUGAGGGCUUCCUUAGAACCUGAAUUACCCCAAGAAUCUGACAUGGAAUUUAAUGAUAGAACACAAGAGGAUGUUCUGGAGCGCCUGGCUUAUUCAGAACAGUUGGUGCAGGAACUAAAAGAAAUCAUUGGACAGAAGGAUGCUCAACUACAGCAGAAGGAUGAAAUUCUACAGGAAGAGAGAAAAGCUGCUGAUAACAAAAUUAAAAAACUAAAACUUCAUGCUAAGGCCAAAUUAACUUCUUUGAAUAAACACAUAGAAGAGAUGAAGGCACAAGGAGGGACUGUUCUGUCUACAGAAUCUCAGUCAGAGGAGCAACUCUCCAAGCAUGACAAGAGUUCUACAGAAGAAGAGAUGGAAGUAGACAAGAUAAAACAUAAACUCCAGGAGAAGGAGGAACUAAUAAGCAGUUUGCAAGCCCAGCUUAGCCAGGCACAGGCAGAGCAAGCUACACAGUUUGCUAAGAGUUCAACAGAGAUGGAAGAAUUUUUAAUGAUGAAGAAACAGCUCCAAGAGAAGGAGGAACUCAUCAGCACUUUGCAAACCCAGCUCAGCCAGACACAGGCAGAGCAAGCUGCUCAGAAGGAGAGCCAAGGUUGGUUCAAGGUGUCACAAAUUGAAAAAUCAACAAUAGUUGAAGGACCUGUGCAAAAUGGACACGCGAAGAGCUGUUUGGCAUGCUUAACCACAGAUCUUAAGGAAAUGAAUAAGCAGUUGAGUUCCAUGCAGCAGGUGGUCCGAGAGAAAGAUGCCCGCUUUGAGACACAAGUUCGUCUUCAUGAAGAUGAGCUUCUUCAGUUAGUAACCCAGGCAGAUGUGGAAACAGAGAUGCAACAGAAAUUGAGGGUGCUGCAGAGGAAGCUUGAGGAGCAUGAAGAAGCCUUGUUGGGCCGUACUCAGGUUGUGGACCUGCUGCAACAGGAGCUGACUGCUGCCGAACAGAGAAACCAGAUUUUCUCCCAGCAGUUACAGCAGAUAGAAGCUGAGCAGAGUACUUUAAGGAAUACUAUAGAAACAGAAAGACAGGAGUCCAAGAUUCUGAUGGAAAAGAUGGAACUUGAAGUGUCAGAGAGAAAGCUAUCUUUCCAUAACCUGCAGGAAGAAAUGCAUCAUCUUCUAGAACAGCUUGAGCAGGCAGGUCAAGCCCAGGCUGAACUGCAGUCCCGGUACAGUGCUUUGGAGCAGAAGCACAAAACAGAAAUGGCAGAGAAGACCUCUCACAUUUUGAGUCUUCAGAAGAGUGAACAAGAGCUGCACUCUGCCUGUGAUGCCCUAAAGGAUCAAAAUUCAAAGCUUCUCCAAGAUAAGAGUGAACAGGCAGCUCUUUCAGCUCAGGUCAUUCAGCAGCUGGAAGAUCAACUCCAGGAAAAAUCCGAAGAAAUCAACCAAUUUCUAAAUAAGGCAACAUUGCUAAAACAUGAAAUAGCAUCUCAGACUUCUUUGCCAGAUGUUUCUAAUGAGGGCACACAGGCAGUCACUGAGGAGAGUAUUGCCUUUUUGCAGAAGAGAGUAGUAGAACUAGAGAAUGAAAAGGGAGACUUGCUCUUUAAUUCUAUAGAGCUGGAGCAGCUGAAAGCUGAGAAUGAAAAACUGUCCUCUCAGAUUACUCUCCUAGAGGCUCAGAAGAGAACUGGAGAGACAGAUAGAGAAGUCAGUGAGAUGAGCAUGGUUGAUAUUGCCAGGCUCAAUAAGAGCAGCUCUUCUGCUGAGGAAGGUGGACAAGAUGUCCUGGAGAACACAUUUUCUCAGAAGCAUAAAGAACUAUCCAUUUUAUUGUUGGAAAUGAAAGAAGCCCAAGAAGAGAUUGCAUUCCUUAAGUUGCAGCUUCAAGGCAAAAGGGCAGAGGGUGACCCUGAGGUCCCUGACCAAAAAGAAAUGAAACAGACAGAGAGUGAAGGAAUACCUCCAGUUAAAAUGACAGUAUUGCUUGAAGAUACAGGGCAACAUUUUCCCCCCAUGCCAGAUGAAGAGAGCGGUCUUUCAACAACUGAGAAAGAAGAACAGAUGAGCACUAAAUACCAACACAGAACAUCUGAGGAAAUAUCUUUAAAUGACACUGGAAUGGAAUUAAAAUCAGCAAAGCAGGAUGAUGAUGAUAAAUCCCCUUCUGUGGUAUCAGGUAUUUGUCAUUGUCACCAGAAUGAAUUGGAAAGGCUAAAAGGUCAAAUUUUGGAGCUUGAGCGAAACCUUCAUAAAGCAGAAGAGAUCUAUGAGAAAAAUUUAGAUGAGAAGGCUAAGGAAAUAGGCAGCCUAACCCAGCUGAUUGAAGAGUUUAAGAAAAAUGCUGAAAACACCAAUAGUGCAUUCACUGCUUUGUCUGAAGAAAGAGACCAGCUUCUUUCUCAGGUGAAGGAACUUAGUGUGGUAACAGAACUGAGGGCUCAGAUACAGCAACUGGAAGUGAACCUUGCAGAAGCAGAAAGGCAAAGAAGACUUGACUAUGAAAGCCAGACUGCUCAUCACAACUUGCUCACUGAACGGAUCCACAGUCUCAGCAUAGAAGCCAAAACUAAAGAUGUAAAGAUUGAAGUUUUACAGAACGAACUUGAUGAUGUGCAGGUUCAGUUUUCCGAGCAGAGUACAGUGAUCAAAAGCCUGCAGAGCCAGCUGCAGAAGAAGGAAAGUGAAGUGCUCGAGGGGGCAGACCGUGAGAGGGAUAUCUCAGAUAAGGUGGAAGAACUUUCACAGGCUCUUUCACAGAAGGAACUUGAAAUAGCAAAAAUGGACCAACUCUUACUAGAGAAAAAGAAAGAUGUGGAAAUUCUCCAACAAACCAUCGAGGAGAAGGAUCAGCAAGUGACAGAAAUCAGCUUUAGUAUGAUGGAGAAAAUGGUUCAGCUUAAUGAAGAGAAGUUUUCUCUUGGGGUUGAAAUUAAGACUCUUAAAGAACAGCUGAAUUUAUUAUCCAGAGCUGAAGAGGCCAAAAAAGAGCAGGUGGAAGAAGAUAAAGAAACUGUUUCUGGCAUUAAACAGAAUUAUGAUGAGCUGAACCCAGUAGGGCUAAUAAGUAAAGAAGAACUUCAGUAUGAAUUAGACCUUGUAAAGAAAGAAAGUGAGCAGAGGAAAAGAAAGCUCCAGGCUGCUCUUAUUAACAGAAAGGAACUUCUACAGAGAGUCAGUAGAUUAGAAGAGGAAUUGGCCAAAGUGAAAGAUGAACCCAGGAAAGACACCCCACUCAGUGAGAGUGAGAGGAGGGAAAUGGAGGAAGAUAAAGAAAGCAAAGAAGGGUUAGAAAAAUGUAUGACUUCUAAGUGCCAAGAAAUAGAAAUGGUAAUAUCUUUAAAACAGGUAAUAUCUGAGAAGGAAGUGGAACUAGAGCACAUAAGGAAGGAUUUGGAAGAAAAGGCAGCAGCUGAAGAACAGUUACAGGCUGUGGUCAAACAGAUGAAUCAGAAUUUGCAAGAGAAGACAAACCAAAUAGAUCUGCUCCAAGCAGAAAUCAUUGAAAACCAAACAGUUAUCCAAAAGUUAACCACAGGUAACAAGGAUGCAGGUGAUGGAGAGUCAGCAGCACCUGUAAAAGAAGCAGCAGCCAUCAGUCCACUUGUUGCAGGUAGUGGAGAACACUGGAAACCAGAACUGGAAGAGAAAAUAAUGGACCUUGAAAAAGAAAAGGAGCAACUUCAAAAGAAACUACAGGAAGUAUUAACCUCUCGCAAGGUGAUUCUAAAAAAGGCACAGGAGAAAGAAAGACAUCUUCGGGAGGAGCUCAAGCAACAGAAAGAUGACUAUAAUCGCUUGCAAGAACAGUUUGAUGAGCAAAGCAAGGAAAGUGAGAACAUUGGGGACCAACUAAGGCAACUACAGAUUCAAGUAAAGGAAUCUUCGGACAGAAAACUCCCAGGCAGUGGCCAGCGGGUUCCAGGUUCUCCCACUCAAGGUUUAGAAGAACCUUUAUUCAAAGCCACAGAGCAGCAACCUGCUCAACCUGCUUCAGAGUCUGACUUGUGCCCAGACUGGCCUUCUCAUCCUGGAGAUACAAAUGGUCUGCAGGGCAAUACUGCUAUUGCCCAGAUUAAGACACAGCUGAAAGAAAUAGAGGCUGAGAAAGAAGAGUUAGAGUUGAAGGUUAGCUCUACAAUAAGUGAGCUGACUAAAAAAUCAGAAGAGGUAUUUCAGUUACAAGAGCAGAUAAAUAAACAGAAUUUAGAAAUCCAAAGUCUGAAGGCAGCAUCCCAUGAAGCUGAAGCCCACGCAGAAAGCCUGAGGCAACAACUGGAAAGCAGUCAACUAGAAAUCACUGGGUUAGAACAUUUAAGAGAAUUACAGCCUGAACUAGAUGAACUGCAAAAACUCAUAAGCAAAAAAGAAGAAGAAGUUAGAUACCUUUCUGGACAGCUUAGUGAGAAGGAAACAGCCCUUACUAAAGUACAGACAGAGAUAACAGAACAAGAGGAUUUAGUGAAGGCUCUGCAUACAGAGCUGGAAAUGCAAGCCAAAGAACAUGAUGAGAAGAUAAAGCAGUUACAGGUGGAGCUUUGUGAAAUGAAGCAGAAACCAGAAGAGAUUGGAGAAGAAAGUAAAGCAAAGCAACAAAUACAGAGGAAACUGCAAGCUGCCCUUAUUUCCCGAAAAGAAGUACUAAAAGAAAACAAACGUCUCCAAGAGGAGUUGUCUUUGGCCAGAGAUACCAUUGAACAUCUCACCAAGUCUCUGGCAGAUGUGGAAAACCAAGUUUCUGCUCAAAAUAAAGAGAAAGAUAUUUUCUUAGGCAAGUUAGCUCUUUUUCAGGAGGAAAGAGACAAACUCAUUGCAGAAAUGGACAGAUCUUUAAUGGAAAAUCAAAGUCUCAAUGGUUCUUGUGAAAGUCUGAAAUUAGCUCUGGAGGGUCUUACUGAAGACAAGGAAAACUUAGUGAAAGAAAUUGAAUCUUUGAAAUGUUCUAAGACUGCAGAGAGCACUGAGUGGCAAGAGAAACACAAAGAGUUACAAAAGGAAUAUGAAAUUCUUCUGCAGUCCUAUGAGAAUGUUAGUAAUGAGGCAGAAAGGAUUCAGCAUGUGGUAGAAACUGUGAGGCAAGAGAAGCAAGAACUAUACGGCAAGUUAAGAAGCACAGAAGGAAACAAGAAAGAAACAGAAAAGCAGUUGCAAGAAGCUAAACAGGAAAUGGAGGAGAUGAAAGAAAAGAUGAGAAAGUUUGCUAAAUCUAAACAGCAGAAAAUCCUAGAGUUGGAAGAAGAGAAUGAGAGGCUUAGAGCAGAGGUACACCCUGCAGGAGGUACAUCUAAAAAUAGUAUGGAAGCACUUCUUUCUUCCAAUUCUGACAUGAAGGAAGAACUAGAAAGGGUCCAAACAGAGUAUAAAACCCUUUCUAAGGAGUUUGAGGCUUUAAUGAUGGAGAAGGACUCUUUAAGUGAAGAGGUUCAGGAUUUAAAGCAUCAGAUAGAAGGUAAUGUAUCCAAACAAGCUAGCCUGGAGGCCACUGAGAAAUAUAACCAGAUGUUUGUUACUGAAGAGGCAACCCAGUCUGCUCCAGGUGAGGCCCAUGAGCAAAACUCUCCAAGUAUGAACCCAAGGUCUGAAAAUUCAGAAUCCAUUCAUUCAGAGAGCAGUGCCAAGCCUGAUAUAAGUGAGAAUGUCAGCUUACAUGAUGAAAUUAAUAAUUACCUACAGCAGAUGGAUCAGCUCAAAGAAAGAAUCACUGAAUUAGAGGAGGACAAGCAGAAAGACAAGGAAUUUAGCCAGACUUUAGAAAAUGAGAGAGCUGCUUUAUUGAGUCAAAUAUCAGCAAAGGAUGGUGAACUAAGAAUGCUUCAGGAAGAAGUAACCAAAAUAAACUCGUUAAAUCAGCAAAUCCAAGAAGAACUUGCCAGAGUUACCAAGCUAAAGGAGACAGCAGAGGAAGAGAAAGAUGAUUUGGAAGAGAGGCUUAUGAAUCAAUUAGCAGAACUUAAUGGAAGCAUUGGGAAUUAUUAUCAGGAUGUUACAGAUGCCCAAAUCAAAAAUGAGCUACUAGAAUCUGAAAUGCAGAACCUUAAAAAGUGUGUGAGUGAAUUGGAAGAAGAAAAGCAGCAGUUAGUCAAGGAGAAAACUAAGGUGGAAUCAGAAAUACGAAAGGAAUAUAUGGAGAAAAUACAAGGUGCUCAGAAAGGGCCUGGCAAUAAAAGUCAUGCAAAGGAACUUCAGGAGCUGUUAAAAGAAAAACAGCAAGAAGUAAAGCAGCUGCAGAAGGAUUGCAUUAGGUACCAAGAGAAAAUCUGUGCUCUGGAGAGAACUGUUAAGGCCUUAGAAUUUGUUCAGACUGAGUCCCAGAAAGAUUUGGAAAUAACCAAAGAAAAUCUGGCUCAAGCCAAUGAACAUCGCAAGAAGGCAGAAACAGAAUUAGCUAGCUUCAAAGUACUGCUAGAUGACACUCAAAGUGAAGCAGCAAGGGUCCUAGCAGACAAUUUCAAGUUGAAAAAGGAGCUUCAGUCAAAUAAAGAAUCAGUUAAAAGCCAAAUGAAACAAAAGGAUGAAGAUCUUGAGCGAAGACUGGAGCAGGUAGAGGAGAAACACCUGAAAGAGAAGAAGAAUAUGCAAGAGAAACUGGAUGCUUUGCAAAGAGAAAAAGUCCACUUAGAAGAGACAUUCGGAGAGAUUCAGGUUACUUUGAACAAGAAAGACAAGGAAGUUAAGCAACUUCAGGAAAACUUGGAUAGUACUGUGGCCCAGCUUGCAGCUUUCACUAAGAGCAUGUCUUCCCUCCAGGAUGAUCGGGACAGGGUGAUAGAUGAAGCCAAGAAAUGGGAGAGGAAGUUCAGUGUUGCUAUUCAAACCAAAGAAGAAGAAAUUAAACUUAAAGAAGAGAAUUUCAGUGUUCUAAAGGAUCAGCUUAGGCAGAUGUCCAUCCACAUGGAGGAAUUGAAGAUCAACAUUUCCAGGCUUGAACAUGACAAGCAGAUAUGGGAGUCCAAAGCUCAGACAGAAGUCCAGCUUCAGCAGAAGGUCUGUGAUACUCUACAGGGAGAAAACAAAGAACUUUGUUCCCAGCUAGAAGAGACUCGACAUCUAUACAGUAGUUCUCAGGAUGAAUUAGCUAAGUUGGAAUCAGAACUGAAGAUUCUCAGAGACCAGUCAACUGAUUUAAAUAACUCUUUAGAAAAAUAUAAGGAAAAUAAAGAAAAUUUGGAAGGGAUCAUAAAGCAGCAAGAGGCUGAUAUCCAAAACUGUAAGUUCAGUUAUGAACAGCUAGAGACAGAUCUUCAGGCCUCCAGACAACUGACCAGUAGGCUGCAUGAAGAAAUAAACGCGAAAGAGCAGAAAAUUAUAAGCCUGCUUUCUGCCAAGGAACAGGCAGUCCAAGUAGCUGUUGCUGAACUGCAUCAGCAGCAUGAUAAAGAAAUUAAAGAGUUGGAAAAUCUGCUGUCCCAGGAGGAAGAGGAGAAUACUGUUUUAGAAGAAGAGAACAAAAAAGCUGUUGACAAAACCAAUCAGCUUAUGGAAACACUGAAAAACAUGAAAAAGGAGAACAUGCAACAGAAGGCUCAGUUGAAUUCCUUUGUUAAAUCCAUGUCUUCUCUCCAGGAUGACCGAGACCGUAUAGUAGGUGACUACCAACAGCUGGAAGAGCGACAUCUCUCUGUGAUCUUGGAAAAAGACCAACUCAUCCAGGAUGCUGCUACUGAGAAUAAUAAGCUGAAGGAAGAAAUUCGAUGCUUGAGAAGUCAUAUGGAUGAUCUCAAUUCUGAGAAUGCCAAGCUCAAUGCAGAACUGAUCCAAUAUAGAGAAGACCUGAACCAAGUGAUAUCAAGGAAGGACUGUCAGCAAAAGCAGCUCCUUGAAGCUCAACUUCAGCAGACUAAGGAGGUGAAAAGUGAGUAUGCUAAAUUAGAAGAAAAGCUCAAGGAGUCUGAGGAAGCAAAGGAGGAGCUGCAGAGGUUCUCUCUUGCCCUACAGGAGGAGAAACUAGGUUUAUCUAAAGAGAUUGAGAACUUAAAAGUAUCUCUAUCCCAACUAAAGAAACAAUUGACAGCCUUGCAAGAAGAAGGUACUCUAGGAAUAUUCCAGACCCAAUUAAAAGCAAAAGAAGAGGAGGUAGAGAAGUUAAAUACUACCCUUUCUUUGUCUCAGAAGAGAAUUACAGAACUGGAAGAGGAAUUGGUUCGUGUUCAGAAGGAAGCUGCCAAAAAGGUAGGUGAAAUUGAAGAUAAACUGAAGAAAGAAUUAAAGCAUCUUCAUCAUGAUGCAGGGAUAAUGCGAAAUGAAACUGAAACAGCAGAAGAGAGGGUGGCGGAGCUAGCAAGAGAUCUGGUAGAGAUGGAACAGAAGUUACUGAUGGUCACCAAAGAAAAUAAAGGUCUCACAGCACAAAUCCAGUCUUUUGGAAGGUCAAUGAUUUCCCUACAAGAUAGUAGAGAUCAUGCCAAUGAGGAAGUUGAGGAACUGAAAAAGAAAUAUGAGGCCAGUCUGAAGGAGUUGGCACAGCUGAGAGAAAAGCAGGGCCUCUUAAGCAAGGAGAGAGAUGUUCUUGUUUCUAAAGCUGCAUUUCCACUUAACUCCACUGAGGAUAACAGCUUGCCCCACCUUGAGAAACUUAACCAACAGCUUCUAUCCAAAGAUGACCAACUGCUUCACUUGUCCUCACAACUAGAAGACUCUUACAACCAAGUACAGUCCUUUUCCAAGGCUAUGGCCAGUCUACAGAAUGAGAGAGAUCGCCUGUUGAGUGAACUGGAGAAAUUCCGCAAGUCAGAGGAAGGGAAGCAGAGGUCUGCAGCCCCACCUGCAACCAGCCCAGAUGAAGUACGGAGUUUAAAAAAAGCUAUGUCAUCACUUCAAAAUGACCGAGACCGACUACUGAAGGAAUUGAAGAAUCUGCAGCAGCAAUACUUACAGAUUAACCAAGAAAUCACUGAGUUACGUCCACUGAAGGCUCAACUUCAGGAGUAUCAAGAUAAGACAAAAACAUUUCAGAUUAUGCAAGAAGAGCUCAGGCAGGAAAACCUCUCCUGGCAGCAUGAGCUGCAUCAGCUCAGGAUGGAGAAGAGUUCCUGGGAAAUUCAUGAGAGGAGGAUGAAGGAGCAGUACCUUAUGGCUAUUGCAGAUAAAGAUCAGCAGCUCAGCCAUCUGCAGAAUCUUAUGAGGGAAUUGAGAUCUUCCUCCCCAACUGAGACCCACAAAAUGCAGUAUCAAAGACAGGCAUCCCCAGAGACACCAGCUUCCCUAGAUGGAUCACAAAACCUAGUUUAUGAGACAGAACGUCUUAGGACUCAGCUCAGUGACAGCUUAAAGGAAAUUCACCAAAAGGAGUUAAGAAUUCAGCAACUGAACAGCAAGUUCUCUCAGCUGCUGGAAGAGAAAAAUACUCUUUCCAUUCAGCUCUGUGACACCAGUCAGAGUCUCCGUGAGAACCAGCAGCACUACAGCGACCUUUUUAAUCACUGUGCGGUUCUGGAGAAGCAGGUUCAAGAGCUGCAAGCGGUGAGUGAGAAGGGACCACUGAAUAUAGAUGUUGCUCCAGGAGCUCCCCAGGAAAAGAAUGGAGCUCACAGGAAGGGUGAUCCUGAAGAACUGAGGGAGCCACAGCUAAGCUUUUCUGAAGCCCAGCAGCAGCUGUGCAACACUAAACGGGAGAUGAAUGAAUUGAGGAAGCUGCUAGAAGAAGAGCGGGACCAAAAAGUGGCUGCUGAGGCUGCCCUCUCCAUGGCCGAGGAGCAGAUCAGGCGGUUGGAGCAUGGUGAAUGGGACUCUGCCCGGUCUCCUAUCAUUGGCUCCUGUGGCUCCCAGGAGCAGGCACUGUUAAUAGAUCUUACAAGCAACAGUUGUCGAAGGACCCGGAGUGGUGCUGGAUGGAAGCGGGUCCUGCGUUCGCUCUGUCAUUCCCGGACACGGGUGCCACUGCUGGCAGCCAUCUACUUGCUGAUGAUUCAUGUCCUACUCGUUCUAUGUUUCACAGGCCAUCUAUAAACCUAGUUCUCACCUUUUGGAUCACUCCCCUCAGAACUUGGAAUUCCCUCACCUCUAGCAACAAAACCAUCAAUUCCAGUGGAACAAUCUUCCCACUUACAGGUCCUCUCUCCAACUCUCCACAGAAAGUGCCUGCAAAAACAGAGGUGGAUAUGAGCACAGGUUAGAGCUGCAGUGCCUGCAAAAACAGAGGCGGAUAUGAGCACAGGUUAGAGCUGCAGGGACCAGUGAGUCUGCUUUCUUCUACUGUCCAGGACCUGACACUUCUGCAUAAUCUGAGGAGGCCCCACAGUUGGUUAUUGAGCCCAAUAUUUGUUCAGAUUUUGCAGGGCCCUGAUCUUUUUUUUUUUUUUUUUUUUUUUUUUGUGUUACGCAGGCCUCUCACUGUUGUGGCCUCUCCCGUUGCGGAGCACAGGCUCCGGACGCGCAGGCGCAGCGGCCAUGGCUCACAGGCCUAGCCGCUCUGUGGCAUGUGGUAUCUUCCCGGACUGGGGCACAAACCCGCUUCCCCUGCAUCGGCAGGCGGACUCCCAACCACUGCGCCACCAGGGGAGCCCCAGGGCCCUGAUCUUUUAUGGUCCUAUGAAAGAUGCUGAGGAAUGUCUUUCAGCCAGGAGGAUGGUUCCAAUAAACCUAAUAAUCAGAAGUCCAAUAUCAUUUUGAUUGAUGCAUUCUUUGUCUCAUGUACCUUAUAUUUUCUCCUGCUUCAGAGGGAAGGUGAACCUGCCAUAAACAAUGGCAGGGGGAAUGUUCUGGGGAACAUUAUCUCAUAGGAUAUCCAAUUAGGUCUCUGGCAAAACAGAGCCAGAAUAGAAGAACUCCCCAGGGGUUUUAGCUGUUGGAUCACAGGGGAGGAUGGCGUCUCUUUCCCUGGCUGUUCAGGCAUAAUUGGAGUGAGAGUCAUGGUCCUGGACUAUAAGGUGAGGAUCCCACUGCUUAUCCCUUGAUCACAUGUGUACUAAGGUAUUAAGUGGCCUGUGCCUUUCCUUUCACUGAAAGGCAAGAGGAACUUGCUAUGGACAGUGGGAUUCAAUUCUUGCCAUUUGUGUGUUAUCUGAAUAAGCCUCGAAUGUGGGCCCUAAAACAGUACACUAGGAACCAGUCCUAGGUGAGGCACUGACUGCCAGCCAGGGAGGUCUGACUGGUGUGACAACCACUCCUAGCCGCUUGAAGUACGAAGCUGCUUUGCUGUUGGUGACAGUUAUUCCAGUUUCCCAUUGCGUCGUCAUCUGCCCUCUGCGGUAACAGAGAGCUGAGGAAAAUGGAGGGAGAUUAUAAAGAAGACAAAAUAUUUAAAUCCAAGCCUGAGAAUGACAGCCGGGUUUGAAUUCCAUUUGUGCCUAUUCCCCACCUCUCCUUUCUCCAACCCUUACCUGUUGGUUAUUUUCUCAUUUUGCACAUGUUCCCUGCCUGCUCUCACCACCCAGAGAGGAGAGAAAACUGGUGGACGGACUGAUCCGCUCUAAUCCUUUGUUCUGUGGUGACCAAAUCAUGGGUCACAGCAACCCAGGAACUUUCCUGAACAACUGUAAAAUAAUAAAAUUAUUUUCAGAAUGAAA